AUGCCUGACGUGAGUCAACUUUCAGUUACCACCCUCACUCCUUAAGCGACGGCAGCUACUUCGGCUUCGCGCACACUCGAUUUCAUUCAAUCGAUUCAACUUGCAGCAACUUCCAACACCCAACACCACCAAAACUACUACCCCCACCCCAAUUUCAACACUCGACACUCAAACAGCUUCAAUGCCUCCAAGACGCGGACAGGCAACUGAUGCCCAGCAGGUCAAGCGGACCGUGAAGCUCGUCACCCAGCAACAUGUCAUGUAAGGCGCCUGCAAGCACACCCAAUAUAAGCGGCAACUGACAUACACCCACAGCGAGGACCCGCCGGAAGUCGAGGGUUUCCCCAUGCGCUCAUGGGAGAUCUCCAUCUACCUCGUAGGCCAGGACGGCGAGGAGCUCCCGGCGAAUUGCUUCGAGAAGGCAACAUACCAGCUCCACGAGUCUUUUGGCAAGCGCCAGAAGCAGAGUACGUGAUAGCAGAAAGAGCAUGUGAGAUGGAUGAGAGGAGCAAUUGGCUAAUUCGGAGCGAUACAGUCAUCAAGCAGCCGCCGUUCACGAUCAAAGAGAAGGGAUGGGGAGAGUUCGACAUGCAGAUCACCCUCACACCGGUGGGCAACCCGAAGGGAGGCGAUCAGGUCGUUGGACACGAUCUCAACUUCCAGCAAGAGAGAUACGAGAGCACGCACACGGUGGUAUGUAUACCUGACAGAGGGCCCAUUUGCAUCCGCAACAUGCUGACCUCUUACAGGCCUUCCGCAACCCUAAGCCAGAACUGCUGGAACGGCUCCGGGAGUCUGGACCCGCCGGCGAAGCUGUCAAUGGCGCUGCUGGCGGCAAGCCUGAGAAGAAGCGCCAGAAGGGCAACAAGAACGUGGAUAUGGAGAAGCUCGCCGAGGCGCUGCCCCAGCUGCCCGAGGACGACUUGCUCCAGGUUGUGCAGAUGGUCCACGACAACAAGUCGGACGAGACAUACACUAAGAAUGACGUUGAGAGUGAGUCUCCAGAGCCGCGUGCGAUGGAAGUGACCAUUUGCUAACAUGUCACAGAUGGCGAGUUCCACGUCGACCUCUACACACUCCCAGACCAACUUAUCAAGAUGCUGUGGGACUUCACUGAGAAGCGCGUCGACAUGAGUGUUAUCUCCUAG